GGUCCAGGAAACAUGGGGCUGCCGCGCAGAGCCGGGGACGCGGCGGAGCUGCGCAAGAGCCUGAAGCCGCUGCUGGAGAAGCGCCGGCGCGCGCGCAUCAACGAGAGCCUGAGCCAGCUCCGGGCACUGCUCCUGCCGCUGCGGGGCCGGGAGAACUCCUGCCGUUCGAAGCUGGAGAAGGCGGACGUCCUGGAAAUGGCCGUGCGUUUCCUGAGGGGGCUGCCCGCGGCCCCCGGCCCCGCCGAGCCCCCGCCUGCCGACGGCUACGGCGAGGGCUACCGCGCCUGCGUGGCCCGCCUGGCCCGCGUGCUGCCCGCGUGCCGCGUGCUGGAGCCCGCGCUGAGCGCCCGCCUGCUGGAGCACCUGCGGCGGGGGGCGGCCGGCGCCGGGGGCUCCGAUCGCCCGCGCGCGCCCGCAACACGGCCCGCGCCCGACCCUGCGCCCUCCCCGCCUGCGCCCUGCCCGCCCGCGACACGGCCCGCGCCCUCCCCGCCCGGGCCCGCCCCGGACCCCCGGCUCUGGCGGCCGUGGUAG